AUGAACCGAAAACGCUCCAGCGUAAGCGACCUUGUUGUCGCUAUUGCUAAAAUGCUCAGUGGCCGCACAGAGCAGGCAUCCUUCAAGGAGGCGGAUGCAGAAGCCCUUAAAGUGAGCAUAUCUCAACUUAAGUCCCAGGUAACAUCACCCAAUCCACAGCUCCAACGUGCUCAUUACAACGAGUUUACCCGGGUUAUAAUGACUGAUAACACGUUAGUAGAUAUUGUUGGCGGCCUUGCUUGGCUAGAUUUUGAUUCUCGCAAGUCCCUUAUUUCAUUGGUUGCUGGUCUUGCCCACCGUGCAUCCAGUGGGGAUCCUGCAGAUGAUGCUGACCCCGCUCUUCUCGUGAAUUAUAUUCUUAGCCAUCAAGACCUCCUUGACGUCCUUCUAGAUGGCUAUAAACUUCCACAGCCCUUUCACGUGACCACAAUCCUGUGUGAGUAUAUUAAAGUUUACUCCAUAGCCGAGACCAUCCUACUAUUCUGUGCUAAAGAACAGUUCCAGCGAAUCUUCUCUGCAAUGAGUAGCCCGAAUUUUGAUGUUUCUUCUGACGCUUCUGUGGUGCUGAAGGAUUUAUUAACAAAGCAUGAACAGCUUACGGCUACAUUUCUUGACCAAAAUCCUCAGUUCUUUACUUGGUUCUGUACCCUGCUGCAUUCCUCUAAUUACGCCACGCGCCGCUUCAGUUUAAAUUUGCUGAGCACAUUGCUUCUUAACCGCGCAAACUUCAAUGCGAUGUCACGCUUUGUGGAAUCUGAUGAGAAUUUGAAGUUGAUCAUGAGACUUCUCAAGGAUGACAGCGCUGUAAUUAGGUUUGAAGCAUUUCACGUGUUUAAGGUAUUUGUGGCCAAUCCAAAGAAAACAGAGCCCGUUCACAAGAUCCUGAAGCGGAAUAAGGACAAGCUUAUAGAGCACCUUCUGAGCUUCACUACUGAGACUAAUUCAAGUGACUUUGAGGAAGAAAAGGGCUUCAUAGUUGAUAGCAUCUCAGAGCUGUGA